GGUUGGAAAGGCACUGAAUUUAACGUAACAAAAUACAAAUGUCAUGAAAAUGUACUAAAAAAAAGAUACAAAUGCCGAUACUCGAAGGCUUCUUGGCGGGCUUAAAUAGCUAAGCUCGGCCACUUCGUCAGCAGCAGCAAUCGAGUCAGCAAUAAAUUGGUAAAAUCACCCCAACUCUUUGUUUUUUACUUUUCCUCCUUUUUUGUACUCCACUCUACGAGCAAACUCUUUUACCUUAGUCUCCUAGUGAGAACUGUGAGUCUGUGAUCCCACAAAUACAGUCCACAACCAGUUGAUGGAACAACUUGGAUAACAUCCAAACCAUCCACAACUCUCAUCGCAUUGGAACGGCCCCAUACGUGCUGGACGUCUCCCCCAAUUUAAUCAUGGUCCUCUCGAAAAGAGAAACAAGGAAUUCAGCAGCAGAGGAGCAGAACUCACAACGAGGAGAAAUGAGACCUGUUAGCAACAAACCUGGUUCAAAUGUGUAUCGGUGUGUGUUAUGCAAAGGCUACCAUAGCAUUCGGUUAUGUCGCAGGUUCAUAAAAAUGACGCCACUAGAUAGAAGCCGCACGGUAAGGCAGCACAAGUACUGUAUCAACUGCUUGGCUAAAAGCCAUAUGGUAUCAGACUGCACGUCCAAAAACAAAUGUCGGAAGUGCCGUAACUGUCACCAUACCUUGCUACACCCACAAAACAACGUUGUAUACUCGCAUGCCAAAAAUAGAAAAGUUGUCCAACAACAAAAUUCGGAUAAAAGAGUCCAGUCGUGCACCAACCCAAGACGGCAGAAAAAGAAAGGGAAAGCUAAUCAAGCAACUCCAUCUUCAGACGAUGUGCGAGGUCAAAGGCCAUCAUUCAACAACACUGCAUCACCAUCUAUUAACCAACACAUAUUGUCAGAUGCGAUUCGAUCUUUGGCUUCUGUUCUCUGCGCUGUCCAUAACCCUGACCAUAACAAUGCCAACAUCUAGGCCGGGCGCCAUGUAUAAACUCAAAGUUUAUACUUAUUUUUUUAUAUUCUUAUGAAAUACUAGUUU